AUGACCCCAAUCAAAGGCCCAGGGGCUGUUCAGAGCUAUGACGGGUCGGGUUUGCGUGUUGCUAUUAUCCACGCCCGAUGGAAUGCCACUAUCAUUGACCAGCUAGUGUCGGGAGCAAAGAAGAGUUUGUUUGCUGCCGGUGUGACCGAGGACAACAUCACCAUCCAGACGGUCCCUGGUAGCUACGAAUUGCCUUUAGGUGUACAGCGAUUGUAUGCUGCUUCUCAAGUCCAGGCCAGCUCUUCUGGUGAGGGCAUCAGUGCUACAGAUCUUUUGUCUGCCUCGGUCUCCGAUAUCAGUAAAUCGGCUUCUACAUCAUCUACUAAGAAGCCAUUCGAUGCCAUUAUCGCUAUCGGGGUACUGAUCAAGGGUGCCACUAUGCACUUCGAGUACAUUGCAGAUGCUGUCAGCCAAGGGCUGAUGCGCGUGCAGCUGGACUCCGGCGUGCCCGUUAUCUUUGGCCUGCUUACUGUUUUGACCGAAGAGCAAGGUCUGGAGCGAGCUGGACUGGGUAACAGUGGCAUGCAUAACCACGGCGAAGAUUGGGGCAGCGCAGCUGUGGAAUUGGGUGUGAAGAGACGCGAGUGGGCAGAGGGUAAGAUUGUAUAA